AUGAGUGUUCUACUAUCACCGAAAAAGAAAAAUGUUUAUCUUGAUAAGAUAAAUGAAAAUUUAAUAUCAUUUUUUCGAUAUAUAGAAAAAUUUAAUCAAAUUCUUAAUGAAUUAAGUCAAUUUAGUAAUGGAGCAACAGUUCAUAUAAAUGAUAUUGAACGAAUACUGGGAAAUAAUAAUAAUGACGAUGAUGAUGAUGAUGAUAAUAAUGAAGAUGAACAUGAAAAUGAUGAACAACGAUUAAUAUCUCAUUAUGAAAAAGAAUUAAUGGCUGGUGAAAAGUUAUGUCAAUUAAAUGAGAAUUUAAACAUUUCAAUGCAUGAUAUUCGACAAUCAUGGAAUACACUUGAAAAACAAGGUGCAGCAAUAUCAAAAUUAGUCUAUCAAUUACCAAAACUUAUUUGUCUAUUUCUUGACACAACUAAAAAUGAUACUGAUUUUAAUGAUCCAUAUUUUCGAUCUGAAAUGACUAAUCUCAAUGAUCAAUUUCCUAUUAUUGGACAAUUUUAUUAUGAAUUAUGUCUUCAAAUUCAAAUCAAUUUUCUUGAUUUAUCAAAUAUGAAAAAAAUAAAACAUUUAGCAACUAUUUUAGAUUUAGUUUCAUCUCGAUCAAUUUCGAUUUCAGUACCUAUUCAGAUUGUACGGCAAAUACAGACAAAACUUAAUUGA